GCGCGCACGGUGGUUAAAUUAAGAUCUGCCGUGCGCAUCGUACGCACACAUCACAACGGUCGUAAUUUUCGUGCAACUUUGCGCCGAUUUUUAGCUAUUCGCUCAGACUCAACCCAGUGCGGGUAACUUACUACGAUCUGCGUUCGAAUCAGUUCGUUCAAGGCAGUGGUUCUAUAAGCGUGGCGUGAAAAUUCGAUCGGAAGCAGAGUGAAAAUCUGCAAGCACAUAGAAUAGAAGAAAAAGAAAAGUGAAAAUUUAUAUUUUUCUACCAAAAAAAUCAAGGUUUUUUGAAUGGUGAAUAGUUAGCAAGUGUUUAUGAUUUAUUCCUGAUGACUAUUUGAAGUGAAACGAGCAGGAAAGCCCUCCAAAUGAUUUUGAACAAUGAACCAGGUAUUUGCGCUCAACUAUUAGAACAAUAGCUUUGUAGUUAGUGGUACCAUGCCAGUCAAUGGAAGCAAUCGACCUCCUUGGCUGAAAGACAGAUUAGAAACAGUGAACAAAAACGUUCCUCCUGCGUGGGCAAGGAAGAAUUCAGCAGGAACAACUUCCUCUGAACCAUUGAAGGACUCCAAACCUACCACGAAGGCAGCUGCAACAGAAAGCAAAACGGCUCCUGUACCGAAGAAAGCACCUACUGCUGCUACAGCAGCGGUAAAAGAGAAUGGAGAACCCGCGAAAGCCGCCAAACUGCAAUCAAAAGAAAUUAAGGUUCCAAUUGUGGUGCAACAGAAAAAGCCUGUUCCUCCCCCUCUCGUCAAACCAAACAAACCGGAACCAAUGAUUAAAAACACUACACCGCAGAUGACAGUACUUAGAGAACCUGUUAAGUCAAAGCCGUCACCAAAGGAACCAUCCCCCGAAUCAGAAGAAGAGGAGGAAGAGGAAGAGGAGGAGGAAGAAGAAGGUAGUACUGAAUAUGAAACUGAAACAGAAACUGAAUCGGAAGAGGAAACCCCUCCUCCGCCACCGGUUAAAAAACCACCACCACCAAAGCGGGAACCGUCUCCGCCCAAACCAAAGACACCUGUUCAACUGAAAAAAGUUACAAAGAGUCCUGAGAAAACCGACGAUAGUAAAUCAUCCAAAUCAGAGAAAUCAUCAUCACCAGAGCCAAAAACAUUUGUAAAACCUCCGCUGAAAAAGGUGAUUCGCCAACCAUCCGAACAGGUCAAGGAACGAUCAGCCUCGCCGGAACCGAAGAACUUCCGUGUGCAAUUGCGGAAGGUUCCCUCGAAUCUGAAGGCACCGCGGGUUAAAGAAAAAUUACCGGAAGUUCAGCUGAAAAAGGUAGAGAAACCGUUACUGGAAGAUGUCCCAAAGAAGGAGGAAGCCUAUCCUCAUAAACCCUCGAUGCUGAAAUCGGAGAGCAGUAAAAGAAUUCCACCGCCACCACCAAUGCCGAAAUCAAAUAUUCCCCCACCACCGCCUCCGCCACCAAAAUUAGGACCUCCACCGGAAUUCAAAAAGGAAGAUGUCUCGAAUAAACAAAAGCAACUAAUCGAGAAGCUCAAAAAACGGCCGCGCAAACGACCGGACUGGUCCGACAUGAUGAAAGAAGUGGAACAGGGUAGAAAACUGCGUCACGUUGAAUGCAAUGAUAGAUCGAAACCAAUCAUUCACUCGAAGUCGAUCACCAAAGUCAAAGAUCAGUUUAUCUUCGAGACCGAAAAAGCAACUGUACAUAAUGUUUUGUUGAAAGAGAUUCAGUCAGGCAUACAGUUAAAACCGACUAAAUGCAAUGAUCGCAGUAAACCAAAUUUAGAAGGUUUACGGAAGUUCCGUCGACAAAUGACUUUAGAGGAACAACUCGCUAAAUCGGAAUCGCGAGCUAACUUGGAGGCACCUCCUGUAGAAGAAGAUGAGGUUGAUGAAAUGGAUGACAUAGACAAGGUUCGUGAUGAUCUUCAAAGUACUAAACAACUGCUUGCCAUGGAACUGCGGAACAACGAAGCACUAGAACGGGAAAACAAACGGCUCUUACAGAGGGUGCAAAAUCUGGAAGCUGAACUUUCCCGUGAACGUUGGAAUCCACUGAGUGGAGAGGAAAAGAGCACCAUUAGUGGACCUGAUGCCGGUCUAAUACAAUCAUUAAAAACUGAGGCGCUUGAGGCCCAACAACAGUCGAAGCAGCUAGAAGAAAAGUAUCAGACAGUGGCAAAGGAAUUGGAUACGGCGUACAAAUCAAAUGAGGAGCAAAAACGAAAAAUAGCAGAAUUAGAGAAAAAGCUACAGUGCUUAACGGAUGAUGACUACUAUUUGAAUGAACAUCAGGGUAUAACGGAUGGUGGUAUCAAUGCGGCUCGGCGCGUUAGUGAAGCAGCGCAGAAGGAAAGCUCACCGGAACUGGCUGCCGAAGAAGAGGAAGAUGAAGAGGAGGAGGAAGAUGAAGAGAAGAAAGCAGAAAAAGCAGCCAAGCGACUGAAUCGCGAAGUGAAUAUGCUUUCCGCUCGAUUGAUUCGGUUGAAGGAAAAAGAAGAGGAAAAACACGCUGAACGACAGGCCCUGAAGUAUGCUAUGAAAACUAAUCAAUACGCGCUCAAAAACGAACGUAAAAAGUACAAGAAAUUGCAGAAAGAAGUGGACAAAAUGGCAGCAAUGAUGAAAAUGGAAGAGGACGACGAGGACGCGGACGAAGUAAAAGAGCCAUUGCCAGAAGAGCCGGAAGAAGAGGAAGAAGAAGAAACUGAGGAGGAAAGUGAAUCGGAAUCAGAGUCUGAAAGUGAUAGUGAGAGUACGAAUGAAGCCGAGGACGCACCUGAUGAGAAAAAGAAAAUGAAUCUUGAACCAAGGGUUAAGCGACACGAGGGCCGACUAGCUUCGCUUAAAAAGGGCAAUUACUUACUGCAGGCAAAUGUUGAUCGGAUGAAGGACGAAAUUAAUAAAACACGGGAAAUGUGUUGUACGCUUCAAGCGGAUCUGGAUUCAGUCAUAGCUGAUCUAGGAUAAUUAAUGAUUAUUUAGCGAAUAACUAAACUUACUGUUGAUUUCUCAUAUUCAGACACCAUUGAUCGCUUUGGAAUCACUCCACAUUACAAAAUAAUCACCAACAGUGCAAUAUAAUAUCCAUUUGUAAGCAUUAUUUAUAAAAUAUUUAUCAAACUGUAGAGGACUACCACAAUUUAUAUAGUACGACAUUUACAGACAUCAACACAAAACAGUGCUUUACAUAAAAAAAACUGGUAAACCAAACAAACGAAGCCGGUCUUUGGUGCAAGAGAAUAAGUAUUUAACUUUCUGUAUUUUUGCAAGUCGAAAAAAAAGAAUAAAUCAUACCUGAAUGAUACAC